GAGUGUGUAGCCUGGCUACGUGGAAAAUAAGGGAAGCGUCUUAAAAGUCGAUCUUUAAAUACCUGCGUAUCCAACUUCAAUUGUGCCUUCCAGAAACACAGCCUCUGCCUCAGCGUGUACUUGCGUGUGCUUUUCUCUGUGUGUUUAUGGUUAAAGUGAUGACCCGCAAAGAAGUGUAAGUCCCGCGCGUUAAAUAUGUGAUUCUGUGAAGUGCUCUGAGAGCCCAGCUUGAGAUUCCCUGUCCCCCGAGAGCUCCCUGGGUCCCCCGGGGGUUUAUUUGGUGCCYGUAACUUUGCGGUGUGUACAUAGAAGGUGUUUCUGGUUUAUAUCAGGAGGGUUCGGUGACAUCUAUCUGAUACUAGACGGGUGAAUGGGAAGAAGGUCCCAUCUCCGGCCUGUGUGCGGAAGCCGGGAUGAUGAAGGCUCUGCAGUGGGAACGUGCUGUUCCCGGGGUUGAAGCUCCAGCCCGUGUGUGAUAGUUGUAGAGCGAUUGGAAAGGUUGCGUGCAGAGUUCUGGUAAACUAGGAUGGAAGAAUCUCAUUUCAACUCCUCCCCGUACUUCUGGCCAGCGGUGCCCACCGUCUCGGGACAGAUCGAGAACACCAUGUUCAUCAACAAGAUGAAGGAGCAGCUCCUGCCCACCGAGAAGGGCUGCAGCCUGGCUCCUCCGCACUACCCCGCCUUGCUCACGGUGCCCACCUCCGUGGCGCUGCCCGCUGGUAUCUCCAUGGACUCGGACACCAAGCCGGAGCAGCUGACGCCGCACAGCCAAGCCCCUGUGACUCAGAACAUCACUGUGGUACCAGUGCAGUCUGCUGGGCUCAUGACAGCAGGUCCUGGUCUGGUGAUAACCUCCCCAUCAGGUUCCCUGGUGACCACAGCCUCCUCUGCCCAAACCUUUCCCAUCUCAGCCCCCAUGAUUGUGUCUGCGCUACCCCCCGGCUCCCAGGCAGCCCUUCAGGUGGUGCCUGACCUGUCCAAGAAAGGGACAGCCACCCUCCCUGAAGGUGGUGGGGGUGGCGGGGGUGGGGGAGUUGCCCCCAAACCGCCCCGGGGCCGCAAGAAGAAACGAUUGCAGGAAUCGGGGCUGCCUGAGAUGAGCGACCCCUUUGUGCUGUCAAACGAGGAUGAUGAGGACCAGCACAAGGAUGGCAAGACAUACAGGUGCCGGAUGUGUUCGCUGACCUUCUACUCCAAGUCGGAGAUGCAGAUCCACUCCAAGUCCCACACGGAGACAAAGCCCCACAAGUGUCCUCACUGCUCCAAGAGCUUCGCCAACAGCUCCUACCUGGCCCAGCACAUUCGCAUCCACUCAGGGGCCAAGCCCUACACGUGCAGCUACUGCCAGAAGGCCUUCCGCCAGCUCUCCCACCUGCAGCAGCACACACGUAUCCACACCGGGGACCGGCCCUACAAAUGUGCUCACCCUGGGUGUGAAAAGGCUUUCACCCAGCUUUCUAACCUGCAGUCCCACAGACGGCAGCACAACAAAGACAAACCUUUCAAGUGCCACAACUGCCACCGCGCGUACACGGAUGCUGCCUCCUUGGAGGUGCACCUGGCCACRCACACGGUGAAACACGCCAAGGUCUAUACCUGCUCCAUCUGCAGCCGGGCCUACACCUCGGAGACGUACCUGAUGAAGCACAUGCGGAAACACAACAUCCCCGACCCGCAGCAGCAAGUGGUCCAGGCCCAAGCGCAGGCCUCGCAGCAGCAGCAGCAGCAGCAGCACUUCCAGCCCCAGGGCGGUGGGGCAGCAGGGGGCCCUUCUGGAGACACUAACCAACCCAACCCUCCCCCCCAGUGCUCCUUUGACCUGACUCCUUACAAGACUUCAGAGCAUCACAAGGACAUCUGCCUCACUGUCAGCACCAGCGCCAUCCAGGUGGAGCACCUCUCCAGCUCCUAGAGAGCCCUCGACCCAGGGAGCAGAAAGCCUCUUGUGCAUAGCCUGUGCCCGGGGGCACUGCGUGUGCCGCGGCCCGCCUCGUGCAGCAGUCUCCGGCCUCUCCUCCUGCAACAGCCUCUUCUGGCCGUGUAACCCUGUUCAUGGCAGCCCCUUGAAGAACAGCCUGUGUCAAGGGGUGCUCCUUCUGUGCAGCAGACUGCCUGGUAGGAGGAUGCUUCCUUGUGCAAGAGCCCCUUUCCCGUGCUGGGAUCACUUCCUCAUGCAAGAGCCCCUCCUUUCAAACCCAAAGRAAAGGCCCCUGGUUUGCCUUCUCUCUCGCUGUAGGAUGUGUCUGAAGGGGGGUGCCUGAUGAGUCACGCAUGGUGGACGGGAUGGAGAGAGGGUCCUUGCAUGUGCAGGGGCUCGGACACACGUUUUCCACAGGCCAUAGAAGAACGUGGCAGGGUUCACAGCUGGGUGGGGGCGGUUGAGGRUUUCCUGAGUGUCUAAGAGAGAAAUAUCCAUUCCUGUCCCUCCUGCCUGUGAGGGCAGGAGGCCCUGCCCCGAGGACCAGAUGGGAGAACGCGCCUCCCCACUGGAAGGGGCGGCCGGGGGCAGGGGCGGCAGGAGCUUCUCUGGACCUGAAGGUGCCUAAACUGCCCGAGGGCUCCGAGCUCCGCACUCCCAUCCCUGCCCUUGCGAGAGCAACAGAGAGGAGCCGGAGCCGGCUGCUCCCUCUCCCAGCUGCCUGAGGAGCGGGAUGGCCGRGGCGCUGUGCGAGUGUGGGGUCUGGCUCAUUGCUCUUCCGGCCCGUUGUGGAUGAUGUGCUAGCAGACCGUGCUCCUCCUCUUCUCCCUCCUUCUUCUCCCUUCCUCAAAAGAGCCUGCAGGCAUCAACAACAAACCAAAAAGCGACUGGAGGGAGGGUAAGAGACUGCCAAAAUAACCACGGCCCUUCUCUCCRCGCCCUUCCCGGAACGGCGGAGCCGCCAUCCUCAGGGUGGCACRGUGGGCUGCCCCAGGCUCCCACAGGGAAGGAGGAGGAGGAGCAGAGCAGUCUUUUCAAGGAGUGAGCAGGAGGCAGGGAAGGGCUGGCUGCUCCUGCCCGCCUCCCAUCGGAGCGCUCUCCCGGGUUCCCUCUUGCCAAGACGGGCUGGACUCACAUGGCAGUGGUGGCCUCUUCUGGACCCUGGUCAUGGGAGAGAAUCCCCAGAAGGUGGACAGUGGAGAGAAGGGGAUGAAGAUCCCCACAGAGAGACCAAUCUAAUGAGAAGGGGGAGCCAACAAGAAUAAACUGAAGGCCCCUUGAAUUUAUAUAUAUAUAUAUAUAUAAAUAUCUAUUCCCCACCCCAGCCCGCUCUGUCCUUGCUGUAACUGUUUCUAUCUCUGUGUUUAUAAAACGCAUAAUCCUGGCGAAUUUUUAUUUUCAAUCU